UUUAAAUUGGCAUCCAAAUAUGUUUUGUACACUGUCCAUAAGAUGGAGUACGCUUCUGCUAUUCUCUUUAUGAAGGGUUUAUCUUUAAAUUUGUGGGUAUUAGAGAAGUGUAUUUUUGGACAUAACAUGAACUUGGUACAUGAGAAUUUAUAGAAUAAUUGUACUGGUAGAUUGGAGCUUGAGUCUAGUAAAUUUGAAGUUGUGGUGAAACGUUUCGAUACCUCUUGAUCUGAGUGUUUUGAUGAUUUCUAAAUAACUUUUUAUCAGAUAUACAAGCCAAUGCAAAUUUUGUGUCUUUUUCUUGCUAGAAUUGGAAUCCUUAGACCCUAUGGGUUUGGUUGGGUGGAAAUGACAAAAUAGAGCCAUGGGAAACUGGGCUAUUUACCAUCUCCCAGUAAAAUUUGUCAAAAGCAUGUAUAACCAGAAAUAUGUUCAUUUUGUUGGUUCAGUUUGGAAAUUGCGGUUGGUGAUAUUCAAGCUUGAUGAAAUCUAUGGGUGAAUUAACUGAAUUGGAGAACAAUAUUGGGGAUAGUAAAAUUGGAAUAAAACAGGAUAUCUUCUUGCCCCUUCAUUUCUUUUCCUUUGUGUGCGUGUGUAUUCUGGGUGGGGUGGAGGGGAAGGGUGGGUUGAUUUCUGGACAAGAUGAGUUAAGAAUCGUGCAAGGAACAUUGUGAUCCUUAGUGAAUGAGAAAUUUCGGUUUAUUGGGGAUUACUAAGCAGCUGAUUACUUCAUCCACUCUUCCCCUUAUGAAUUUAUUGGAAUAUUGCCCAAGUCCCUUAUUUGUCUGGGAAGUACACAAGGAUACGGGUGAUUAUGUAGGAAUUGUCAUCCGUUCAUAAUGCAAAUGCACUUUUGGCUGGCAGGAUGAAGCUAAGAGUAGGAUUUAUUACUGCAUUACAUUUGUUAUUUGUUCCCUGCUCUGGCAUGUUAUAACAUUUGGUUUUGUUGGCAUUCUAGAGACAUGGGGUGAUACAUUCGUCAUGGAGAUUCUUUACUUGUUUUUAUAUCUCGGGAAGUAUUCUGGACAUUACCUCUUUGAAAGCUGUGCAUUGAUUGUCGGCUUUUAUGCUUGUCAAUUGAAGUGUCUGAGCAUGUCUAAUGGUUAUGUCAGGUAUUCUAAAUGUUGUGAUGUUUUCUUAGAUCGUGGUUGGCAAUCUAUUGGCUAGUUGACUGAAGAUAGAAAACCCCAGUGACUGAACUUCUGUCAUGAAAGAAUUCUGGAUUGUGUUACACUCUUGUGCUUCUAGUAGAUAUUUGAAUUAGUUAUGGUAUGAGUAAUUCGGUGCUCAAUGGGUGUUUGUGGUGCAUCUCAUUGAAGGAACUAUGCUUUCCGUGAGUGUCAUAGAGAUAUCAGAUUUCUGGAAUUUCUACAGACCUCAAUUAGGUGGAUUCCAAACUGAGCAGCCCAGGAGGGGAUGUGGAGGUACAUGCCAGCUGUAGCACAGGGUUGCUAUUUAUAUAAAACUCAGUAGCAGAGUUGGGGAAUUGGCUUGAGUGGGAGUGUUUAGUCUUAUUCUUGGUUGUCACUCCAUCUGAGAUUCCUUGCUGCCUGCAAGUGAUAUCUUUUGUCCUUGAAAUGCCUGCCUUUCCUUCCAAGUUUCCUUUCAGGGCCCUGUUUCCACAUCUGGAAAUAAGCUAGGUUUUAAAUUCUCUUGGAAUUUAGUCUGAAUAUUACUCUAUAAAUCAGUAACAAUGGCUGUCUAGUGCAACAGCGCAAGGGGCUUAAGAUGGCUUUCUAUUCUGCGGAGGAACAAACAGAGGAUUACCUUUUCAAGAUUGUCUUAGUUGGUGAUUCAGCUGUUGGAAAAUCAAACUUGCUUGCUAGAUUUGCCAGAGAUGAAUUUUAUCCAAACUCAAAAUCAACAAUAGGAGUAGAAUUCCAGACACAGAAGGUUGAAAUUAAUGGGAAGGAAGUCAAAGCUCAGAUAUGGGAUACAGCUGGUCAGGAGCGUUUUAGGGCUGUUACAUCUGCAUAUUACAGAGGUGCAGUGGGAGCUCUUCUUGUGUAUGACAUCAGUAGGCGACAGACAUUUGAUAGCAUUGGCAGAUGGCUUAAUGAACUUCACACGCACUCUGACAUGAAUGUUGUUACAAUACUUGUUGGGAACAAAUCUGAUCUCAAAGAUGCCAGGGAGGUCAGCACUGCUGAAGGCAAAGCCUUGGCCGAGGCACAGGGCCUUUUUUUCAUCGAAACUUCAGCUUUGGAUUCAUCUAAUGUAGCUGCUGCUUUUCAGACGGUGGUUAAAGAGAUAUACAACAUCUUGAGCCGAAAGGUUAUUCAAUCUCAAGAGCUCAAGCAAAAGGAUCCUAGCUCGAUUGGAAAUGGAAAGACUGUGGUUCUACAGGCAGAUGGGAACCAAGAUGCAGAUGAGCAAAGUAAAAAAGGUCGGUGCUGUUCAUCGUGAAGUUGGGCAUUGUAAAGACAUUCUUCUCUCUGUGAUCUGAAUGUCUCAAAUCCCUUUUGGCAAAUUCUGUUGUAGUUCGCUUUCCUGAUUGUGAACCAAUUCCUUGUUAGUGUUGAAACAGCAGGGAAAGUGUCUUUUGAUACCGUUCAGGGGCUAUAGGUGAAACUGUACCACAAGAGUGUAAAUGACCUGUGAGAGGUUACAAGAUUUUGUUUUUGUUCUCCGAUUUUUUUGCCUGCUGUCCGGUUUGUUUGAAUUUGUAUGGUUAUAUGUAUCCUUGUAAAGUAUGUUAAUUUCAUGGAUCCUCUCCAUGUCAUAUUCGUUUAUAAUAGAAUCUAGUUAUACGUAGC